AUGGAGCAUUUAACAGACCUCAACGAUUGGAUAGACAAGAGAAGCCAAUUCAACGACAUCUGCCUGCCCCGGAUUUACUUCAAAGCAGAAACGAAGAUACUGGAAGCCCAACUCCAUGUAUUCAGCGACGCCUCCGAACUUGCCUUAGCAUCAGUUGCUUACCUCAGAAUCAGAUACGACGACGACACAACGGAACUCAAGUUCGUCAUUGGAAAAGCCCGAGUAGCACCCAUCAGCAGAAUGACAAUUCCAAAUCUCGAGCUUCAAGCCGCCACUAACGGAGCUAAACUGUCUCGUUUCAUCAAAGAACAACAUGACAUACGAAUGUACAGUACGACACUAUGGACAGAUAGUACAACAGUUCUUCAUUGGAUAAACUCGCCGAAUCAACGACACCGGAUCUUCAUUGCCAACCGACUGAAUUUCAUCAUGGACUCAACAUCUUCACUGGACUGGAGAUACGUGCCCAGCAAAGACAACCCUGCAGACUACGGAACACGUGGUUACAAAGCAUGUGACAUGACUACCGAUUCACGAUGGAUCAAAGGACCAGACUUCUUGUUAAGACCAUCAUCAGAUUGGCCUAAUCAUCCGCCAACACAACCUACAGCCGAUAUCAUCCGCCAACACAACCUACAGCCGAUAUUCAUCUGA